ACAAUUGGUCAUGAUCCUCGAGACCAACUAAAUUCUUUUAAUUAAUAGUUUAUUAAGUAUUAGAUGUAGGUAGAUUAUUGUAUUUUUCGUAUUUUAUUUUGUAAUAUACUUUAUACGGUUUUAUUUAUUUGUGUUUUGUAAAUUUUCUGUAAUAUAAUGAGAGAAAUAGUUCAUAUUCAAGUGGGCAGGUGUGGGAACCAGAUUGGCACAAAGUUCUGGGAGGUCAUAUCAGAUGAACACGGUAUAGACCCACAAGGCUGCUAUCGAGGCGAUUCGGAUCUUCAGCUUGAGCGCAUCAAUGUGUACUAUAAUGAAGCCUCUGGCAUGAAGUAUGUUCCUAGAGCGGUUCUAGUCGACCUAGAACCAGGCACCAUGGAUGCAAUUAGGGCUGGACCAUUCGGACAGAUCUUCAGACCAGAUAAUAUUGUCUAUGGAGGGACAGGUGCCGGCAAUAAUUGGGCUAAAGGACAUUAUACCGAAGGUGCUGGACUGCUUGAAUCUGUCCUUGACGUAGUACGAAAAGAAGCAGAAGGUUGCGACUGUCUACAAGGAUUCCAAGUAGUUCACUCAUUAGGAGGUGGCACUGGAUCUGGAUUGGGGACGCUGCUACUUGAUAGUUUAAGUGAAGAAUAUCCAGACAGAAUAAUGGUUACGUACUCCGUGGUUCCAAGUCCAAAAGUUUCUGAUACAGUAGUAGAGCCGUACAACGCGACGUUGUCUCUCAAUCAGCUGAUAGAAUCAUCAAAUCAGUCGUAUUGCAUAGAUAAUGAGGCACUGUACGAUAUCUGCUUUAGAACACUUAAGUUGAUGACGCCUACAUACGGGGACCUGAAUCAUUUGGUAUCAGCAACGAUGUCUGGUGUUACGACGUGUCUACGAUUCCCAGGGCAGUUAAACGCAGAUCUGCGUAAACUAGCAGUGAAUAUGGUGCCUUUCCCGCGAUUACAUUUCUUUAUGCCAGGUUUCGCGCCUCUCACGUCACGCGGCAGCCAGAAGUACCGUGCAUUGUCCGUCCCUGAGCUCACACAACAGAUGUUCGAUGCCAAAAACAUGAUGGCUGCCUGCGACCCGCGCCAUGGACGAUAUCUCACCGUCGCAGCAGUAUUCCGAGGACGCAUGUCUAUGAAGGAGGUGGACGAGCAAAUGUUGAAUAUCCAAAAGAAAAAUAAGGACUUCUUCGUAGAAUGGAUACCACACAACGUAAAGACGGCGGUAUGCGAUAUACCCCCACGUGGUCUAAGAAUGUCUGCUACCUUUAUUGGAAAUACAACGGCGAUACAGGAGAUAUUUAAAAGGAUUUCUGAGCAGUUUACGACUAUGUUUAGAAGGAAAGCAUUCAUUCAUUGGUAUACCGGAGAGGGUAUGGAUGAAGCAGACUUUACGGAGGCAGACAAUAAUCUCAGUGAUCUAAUAUCAGAGUACCAACAAUAUCAGGAUGCAACGAUUGACGAUCAGGAGUUUGAAGAAGAGGAGGAAGAAGGUCCAAAUGAUGCCAGUGAUGAAUGAUGUCAAAUGUCUAUUAUUAUUUAUUAGUAUUUAAUAGAAAAUAUAUUCAAAAUAAAUAAAA